CUUUGAAAGGUUGUUCCGCGGACGCGUCGAUUUUCGCCGACUUGAAAAUUAAUUUAACGAUCGUUAAAAAAUAAUACAACAUAAAAUACUAAUUUUCGUAAAUCAUACGUGUUUCAGUGUGUGACGAGAACCACUUUUUGUGUGCGAAAUUUCCUUCUGCCGAAACAUAAGCAACAAGAAAAGUGCAUUCCGUGAGCGGCAAGCCGAGUCAUUUUCUCGCCCCAUGCAAACCUCCUGUUCGGAUUACUUAAUAAAUUAUUACAACAAAAGCGAGAAUAAACAACCAACAAGUGAAUUUAAUUCCGUGAAUUCCGUAAAAACUGACCAACCAAAACAUAUUUUCCAAUCGCGAGUUGCACGUAUCACCGAGAGUCCCAGAAAUAAGCUGCCUGCUAUGAAAGCGAGCACACAAUGCUGCUGAAGAAGAAGCGCUAUAUGAACGACGAGCGGGACGGCAAUACUGACUCGCUCGUCGCUGCCGUCGAGCCAAGCAGCAACAACAACAAAAUGGCCGAUACACGCGAAGUGCGCAUUGAAGAGCAAUUAAAAGUGAAAAUUGGCGAAGCAAAGAAUCUGAGCAGUCGCAAUGCGGCCAACACAAGCUGCAGCACACAGGGCACCCGCGAUGUCUAUUGCACGAUUGCCCUCGACCAGGAGGAGAUCUGCCGCACAUCCACCAUCGAACGCACACUGUCGCCAUUCUUUGGCGAAGAGCACCAUUUCAAGAUCCCGCGUCGCUUCCGCUACCUGUCCAUUUACGUGUACGAUCGGGACAUGAAGCAGGACAAGCCCAUUGGCAAGAUAGCCAUCAAGCGGGAGAAUCUUCACAUGUACAAUCACAAGGAUCAUUGGUUUUCGCUGCGACCGGUGGACUCAGACUCCGAAGUUCAGGGCAUGAUCAAUGUGGAAGUGUCGUUCGAGGAGGCACCACAGUCCCAGUCGCUAUCGGAGAGCAUUGAAAGCAUCGAACACAGACCACAUCAUCAUACACACCACCACCAUCAGCCGAGGGCGCAUCUGAACGAUUACAAGGAGAACGGCGGCGAGUUCAAUAACGUUGAGUGGUUGUGGACAGGUCAGGUGCACAAAUGGAAGCCACCGAAUGCGAGAAAUGUGGGAGUGACCAUCAAGGUGCCCGCCUGCGUGGAUCUGGCCAAGAAGCAGGGCACCUGCGAUCCCUUCGUCGUAUGCACAGCUCAUUACAGCAACAAGCAGCAGGUGACGCGGCGGACAAAGCAGCGCAAGAAGACCGUCGAUCCAGAGUUCGACGAGGCCAUGUACUUUGAUCUCCACAUCGAUGCGGAAGCGGGCAGCACGAACACCACCGGCAGCAACAAGAGUGCUGCUUCCCUGGAUUCAUCCGCCAACAAGGGCUAUGCCAUCUAUCCACUGGGCGGAGCAGAUCUGGUGGAGAUUGUGGUGAGCAUAUGGCACGACGCACAUGGCGCCAUGGCCGAUAAGGUGUUUCUCGGUGAGGUGCGACUUCCCAUGCUCAACAAGCAGGAGCAGCAAGCGGUUCCGCCAUCGGCUUGGUAUUACCUCCAGCCCCGAUCCAUGGCGCACAGCUGUCGCUCGCUGAACGCCACUCCCCGCUCCUGCGCCACGCCACCGGGAACGAGAUUGAGCGUAGACUCCACCAUUGGAUCACUGCGCCUGAACCUAAACUACACCGCCGAUCAUGUCUUCCCGCUGGCCACCUACGACGACCUGUUGAAUCUGCUCCUGGAGUCUGUCGAUCAGCGGCCCAUUACUGUGUCGGCUGUAUCCAUCCUGGGGGAGCUGGUAUCGGGCAAAACUGAAGUCGCCCAGCCGCUGGUGCGCCUCUUCACACACACGGAGCGCAUUGCGCCGAUCAUUGCAGCUCUGGCGGAUCAGGAGAUCUCUCAUUUGACCGAUCCCACCACUAUAUUCCGCGGCAACACUCUGGUGUCCAAGAUGAUGGACGAGGCGAUGCGGCUAUCCGGUCUCCACUACCUUCACCAGACACUGCGUCCCGUCCUCGCCCAGAUUGUGUCCGAAAAGAAGCCCUGCGAGAUUGAUCCCAGCAAGUGUAAGGAUCGCUCGGCGGUGGACACGAAUCUGCAAAACCUUAAGGAAUAUGUGGAGCGAGUGUUUGAGGCAAUCACCAAGAGUGCUGAUCGCUGUCCGAAGGUGCUCUGCCAGAUCUUCCAUGACUUGCGUGAGUGUGCGGGAAAGCAUUUCCCAAGCAAUCGCGAGGUGCGCUACUCUGUGGUGUCUGGCUUCAUCUUCCUGCGCUUCUUUGCACCGGCCAUCCUGGGGCCCAAGCUUUUCGAUCUAACCACCGAACGACUGGACGCCCAGACAAGUCGCACGCUGACCCUGAUCUCCAAGACGAUCCAAUCGCUGGGCAACUUGGUCAGCUCGCGCUCAUCACAGCAGCCAUGCAAGGAGGAGUUCACCGCUGAGCUAUAUAAGAAAUUCUGCACGGAGCAGCAUGUGGGGGCCGUCAAACAUUUCCUGGAGGUAAUAUCGACGCCCAGCCCGGCGGCCAACAGCAGCGUUCAUCCGGCGGCGGCGGCAACGCCAUUGGAACCAGUAUUACUUAAGGAGGGCGAGGGCAUGAUGACCAAGUAUCCAACGUCCCGGAAGCGCUUCGGCCGUCAGUUCAAGCUGCGCUACUUCCGCCUAACCACCCACUCGCUCAGCUACGCCAAAUCGAAGUGCAAACAACCUAUCUGUGAUAUACCGCUCCAGGAGAUCGCCAGCGUGGAGCAGCUGAAGGAGAAGAGUUUCAAGAUGCAGAACUGCUUUAAGAUUGUGCACAACGACCGAUCGCUGAUCGUACAGACGACAAACUGCGUGGAGGAGCGGGAGUGGUUCGACUUACUGCACAAGAUCUGUCUGAUGAAUUCGAUACGGAUGCAGUUCUUCCAUCCCUCGGCCUUUGUCAGUGGCUUCUACAGCUGUUGCGGGCGCUCCGACGAGAACUCGCCCGGCUGCAAGAACGUCUCGGACAAGGAGAUGGACUACUUCCAGAUGGACCUGGUAACUGCAUUGGAUCCACCGCUCGAUCUGCAGCGCAUCCACACGCUGAUCAUGUCAUACAUGAGUGUGCUUGAGUCUCUGCUGGAUCCUCUCGCCUACCACCAACACCUGUCGGCGGCGCAGCACCAGCAACACAAUCCCCUGGUGCCGCUGGCCACCGAACUUCAGAAGCACUCGCCCCAGGCCUUUGCCGAGUUCAAGCGCACCAUCGAGAAGCUGCGGGAGAAGGCGUACGCCAUCGACCGGGAUCAUCGGGACUACAAGCAGGGCAUCACGCGCCAGCUCAAGUAUGGCAGCAGAGAAGCACCCAUCGGCGAUGACAAUUACUGGCACAUGAUGCGUGCCGCCGGCCAGCUGAAUCAGCAGCACCACCAGCAGCAGCAGCACCAACAACAGCAGCUGCAACUGCAGCAGCAGCAGUUCCAGCAACAGCCUGCGCUUCCCCAAAUGCAGAAUGUCCGGGCCUCGCCCUAUCAGCCAGCUACGAGCAAUAUGAACGCCUACUACCUGCACAAUCUGCAGCAUCAGCAACAGCGUUUCCAGCAUCAACACCAGCAGCACCAACAGCAACAGCAACAUCAGCCGCUGAUACAGCAACAGCAGUCGUCGCAGUACCAGCCACUUCGUAGCCAUCAGCUGCAGCGCCACAAUAACAGCAUUAAUAACAAUAACAACUGUGGCAACGCCUCGUCCUCCAGUCCAUCUUCGACGGCGUCGAGUGUGGUGGCGGCACCGCCGAGCACCACCUCAUCGUCGCAACCGGCGCAGCCGAUUUAUUAGCGUUCAAGGCUCUGCGUAUUCGCCUUGCCGCGGGCAAUCGUCACGAUCAGGUGAAGGAAUACGCACCACAAAUGGCAGCUUGAACAGAGCGAGCAGAGGAACGGCCCCGCACCAGAAGAUGCUGCUGUACAAAACAGUUUAAUAUGCUAAUUUCUAGGAUCCUUUUUUUUUCCUUUGUAUAAUUUUUACGAGUUUAACGUUGUAAAGAAAGGAUUAGACUUAAGUUUUUUAAUUAACCGAUUUUUAUACACGACUAUUUUUACCGGAAACCGCAGACACCAGCAACAGCAACAAAAAACAAACAAGAAAGCGAAAUCUAAAUAUUUAU